AGCAGCCCUUUCGUCACUUCCGGCUCAAUUGUUCAGGCGGGAUACUCGAAAAAUAGAACAACGUCGUUUUCGUGCUGAUUAAUUUAACGCUGAAAAGUCGAAGUUGCACGAUUUUAAGGGUACGCAGACACGACAGCAUAGAAUAACGUUUUGUUCAACGGUUUCACUACAUCGAUAGUCACUUUAUGGACAGGUGACUUAACAGCUACAAGGAGCAGCGAUAGACUGUUGUUUAUUGGAAAGCAUGGACAGACCGUCAAGAAAGACAAAAAGUGUGAAUUACUGUGAGAACAAGGACUUUGAAGAUGAUGAUGAGGAUUUUGCUAAAAACCCACCUAGUAAAAAGGCUAAAGAAAUGGUGAAAUCAGUCAAACAACAGAAAUGCAUUUCUAGCCAAGAGUCCAACUCAGCAGCUCUAACAAGUCAAAAGAGCAGAAAACCUGUACAUGCGAAAAUCUUUGAAAGAGAUCUAGAGGCAGCCAUUUCGCUUUCUUUACUAAAUCCGUCAUGUGAAACAUCAACCCCAUCAUCAGUCUUACAAGAUUCGUUUGUCCGGACUCCAGAUGAGAACACAGAACCAUCAUGUUUGUCACCACAUCUAUCCAACUGUAGUGUAGACACCAUGCGUUUAGGUCUGGACCAAAUAACACCAGACUCAAAUGCACCUUCAAAAGAAAUGAAAGAAGCUUCUGACUUCAACAGAAACACACAGAAAACACAAGAUGAUGAUUAUCAGCCCUGUGUGGCUUCAGACUCAGAAAGUGAUAAUGAUUACAGUGAACAUGACAGUGAAGAUGAGGAAUUUACUGCCAAAAAGGCAAGCAAGACUAAAAAGGGGAAAACAACCAAAAAUGGAACAGUCAAACAACCACUGUCUACUAAAAAAGACAAGCAGCCACAAAAGUCUAAAUCUACAGCUACAUAUACCCCAACAAGGACUCCCCUGGCCAACAAAAACUCAUCCGACCUCUCAAGAUCGACCUCCUCUUCAAAGGCAUCCAAAUCUGCUACAUGCCUGAGUCCAGCCACAAGAAGUAUACCAAAGUGGAACCCGCCAGGCCAAAUCGGUAAAAGUCCUUCAUCAAGCAGUCCUUCUGUGAGAUCUCCAGGUCAGGGUCUACGCCUGGGACUGUCCCGUCUGGUUCGAGUUAAGCCACUUCAUCCCAGUGUUGCUAGUCAUUGAUUAUUUUCCCUUUACAUAUCUUCUGUUUUUCCAUAAAGACUGUGCACAUAUCCUCAGUAGACACAGUAUACAAUAUACUUUAUUGUUUUUUAACUAUUUCCAGUGAGGAUUACUGGUUUUUGUGCAGUAAAACCUGCUUGAGACUGCAGAAUGUUGGGUGAAAGGAUCGGCUCUGGUUUUAAAUUUCUUUAAAGUCGUUAGUGAAAUAGAAAAUAUUUGCGAUUGUUUUUAUAACACUGUAACUGCAUAUAUAUAUAU